AUGGUGCACUUGUACAAUCUCACGCUGCAGAAGUCGAGCGGAAUCAACGCCGCGGUGUACGGAAACUUCAGCGCGAGCAAGGCGCAGGAGAUCGUGGUGCUGCGAAAUAAGGUCGUCGAGCUGCUGCGACCGGAUGAGAGCGGACGGGUGCAGAGCGUGACGAGCGUGGAGGCGUUCGGGAUCGCGCGGUCGAUCGCGACGCUGCGCCUGGCGGGAGCGAAUCGAGAUUAUCUCGUCCUCGGAAGCGACAGCGGUCGGGUGGUGGUGCUGCAGUUUGAUAAGGAAAAGAAUGCGUUCGUGAAGGUGCAUCAGGAGACGUAUGGGAAGACGGGAUGCCGAAGGAUCGUGCCGGGGCAGUUUUUGUGCGCGGACCCAAAGGGGCGAGCCAUUUGUCUGGGCGCGGUGGAGAAGAAUAAGCUGGUGUACGUGAUGAACAGAGAUAAUGAGGCAAACUUGACUAUUUCAUCACCGCUUGAGGCGAAUAAGUCGCACACGAUCGUGUUUCACAUGUGCGCGUUAGAUUGCGGAUUGGACAAUCCGAUUUUCGCGGCGAUCGAGUUGGACUACGGCGAUGCGGACGCAGACCCGAGUGGCGAAGCCGUGGCGGAGGCGCAGAAGCAUUUGACGUACUACGAACUCGAUUUAGGUUUGAACCACGUCGUACGCAAGUGGAGCGAGCCGAUCGAUAACGGCGCAAACCAUUUGAUUCCCGUGCCAGGCGGAAGCGACGGUCCGGGUGGUGUCUUGGUGUGCUGCGAAAACUUUGUCAUUUACAGACAUCAGAACCACGACGAAGUUCGGGCGGUGAUCCCGCGUCGAAAUUCUUUGGCGGCUGAUCGAGGGGUGUUGAUUGUGUCCUCCGCGAGCCACAGAUCGAAGAAUUCUUUCUUCUUUUUGGCGCAGUCAGAGUACGGGGACAUUUACAAACUCACCAUCGACUACUCCGGGGAAACAGUGAGUGAAGUCAAAGUGAAGUAUUUUGACACUAUUCCCCCGUGUGUAAGCUUGUGCGUGUUGAAGACUGGUUUCUUGUUCGCGGCGAGUGAAUUCGGAAAUCACGCGCUGUAUCAGUUUGCCGGCAUUGGCGACGAUGACGCGGUUGAAAGCAGCUCGGCAUCGCUCAUGGAAACGGAGGAAGGCUACGAGCCCGUAUUCUUCGACCCGCGACCUUUGACCAACUUAUACACGAUCGAUACUAUAGAUAGUUUGUGUCCUGUGCUAGACAUGCAGGCACACAACUUGACGGAAGAGGAAAUGCCACAAUUGUACACGCUUUGCGGAACUGGCGCUCGUUCAUCGCUUCGCAUUUUGCGGCAAGGCAUCGCCAUGAACGAAUUGGCGAUGAGCCCACUUCCGGGCCAGCCGAACGCCAUCUUCACGGUGAAGAAGAGCUCGUCGGAAGAGUAUGAUUCGUAUAUCAUCGUCUCGUUCUUGAACGCAACGCUGGUAUUGUCCAUCGGAGACACCGUCAGUGAAGUGAACGACAGCGGGAUUUUAGGAACUACGACGACGCUUCAGGCGUGUCUCAUGAGCGAUGAAUCUUUACUUCAGAUUCAUCCGGGCGGUUUGCGCCACAUCAAGGCGGAUAAGCGCAUCAAUGAGUGGCGCACUCCUGGACGCAAGCAAAUCUCAAAGUGCACGUGCAACAGCAAGCAAGUUGUCAUCGCGCUCACCGGCGGCGAAGUGAUUUACUUUGAGUUAGAUUCGGCCGGUCAACUCAUUGAAGUUGAAAAGCUGGAGACUAGCGGCGACAUUGCGUGUUUGGAUAUCGGUCCGGUUCCUGAGGGUGCGCUGAGAAAUAGAUUCCUCGCCAUGGGUUCGUACGACGGCACCGUGCGCGUCAUGAGCCUCAACCCGGAUGACUGCUUGCAAACGUUAGCCGUGCAAGCGCUCAAGGGCUCGGCGCCGUCCAGCUUGUUGGUCCUCCAAACCGCGGGUACGGAGUCCACUCAAGGUGGUUUGUUGCUCAAUGUGGGCAUGGCGAAUGGCGUUUUGAUACGUGCGACGAUUGAUCAAGUUUCUGGACAACUGAGUGAUAUGCGCAUGCGCUUUUUAGGCGCUCGUGCGCCGAAGCUUGUUCGUACAAGCGUUCGUGGCGCUCCGGCUCUCGUCGCGUUGUCAUCUCGACCUUGGUUGGGAUACUCUGAAAAGGGAACGUUCGUGCUCGCACCAAUUUCGUACGUCCCGCUGGAAGAGGUGUGUUCGUUCAACAGCGAGCAAUGCCCCGAAGGCGUCGUGGCGAUUUCAAACCAGACGUUACGCAUCGCGAGCAUCGAGCGUUUGGGCGAAAACUUCAACCAGACCACGGUCAAGCUCCGUUACACUCCGCGCGCGAUGAGCGCCAAUCCUGAUACGAAGAUGGUUGCGCUGAUCGAAAGUGACCAGUGCACGGUUCCAGUCGGCGAACGCGAAGGUCCCGAAGCAACGCCCGCAGACGAAGCGCCCGAAACGAACGACGAAGACGAGGAGGAAGCAAAGAUGCUACCCGUCGAACAGUUUGGCGCGCCGAAGAGCUCGCCUGGAACGUGGGCGGCGUGCGUACGAAUCGUCGAUCCUAAGGAGGCGAAAUCGACGUUCGUGCUGGAGCUACACAAGAGUGAAGCCGCGCUCAGUUUGUGCCACGUCUUCCUGACAGGCCCGAAUGAGUUACUCCUUGCCGUCGGUACGGCGGUGAACCUCACGUUUGCGCCGCGCAACUGCGAUGGUGGUUUCAUCCAUUUGUACAGAUACGGUAACGAUGGUAGGACGCUCAAUUUGGUGCACUCCACCCCGACGGAUGGUCCGGUCGGGGCGUUGUGUGGAUACAAAGGUCACCUGCUGGCGGGCGUGAACAAUUCGUUGCGCAUUUACGACUACGGUAAGAAGAAACUCUUGCGCAAGGUUGAGAACAGGAACUUUCCAAACUUCAUCACCACUCUGCACGCGGCGGGAGAUAGAAUAUACGUCGGUGACGUGCAGGAGUCUAUUCACUACGUCAAGUACAAGGCGGAUGAGGGUAGUAUAUACAUCUUUGCCGACGACACGAAGCCGCGAUACAUCACGGCGACGCUGCCUUUAGAUUACGAUACACUCGCCGGUGCGGAUAAGUUUGGGAAUAUUUUCGUCAAUCGCCUACCGAAGGAUGUCAGUGAGGACAUGGACGAUGACCCCACAGGCGGUAAGAACAUUUAUUCGCAAGGUGUAUUGAACGGUGCGCCGAACAAGUCUGAAACCUCUGCGCAAACAUACAUCGGGGAGACGGUGUGCGCGCUCACGAAGGGCGCACUACAACCGGGAGGGAUCGAGAUCAUCAUGUACGGCACUUUCAUGGGCGGUAUCGGAUGUUUGUUACCGUUCAGCUCUCGAUCGGAGAUCGAGUUCUUCACUCAUUUAGAAAUGCACAUGCGCCAGGAAGCGCCAUCCAUAGUCGGGCGCGACCACAUGGCAUUCCGGUCGUACUACGCGCCGGUCAAAAAUGUCAUCGACGGUGACUUGUGCGAGCAGUUCGGCGCUUUACCGGCUGACGUUCAACGGAGAAUCGCGGAAGAAAUGGAUCGUACGCCGGGCGAAAUUCUAAAGAAGCUCGAACAAGUUCGAUCCGUCGCGAUAUAAAAUGAGAGUGCGAGUGCGUCGUAGUGAGAGUGCGUAGCGCGUCAAAGUCGU